CUCCCCCGGCGGGCCCGCCCCUCGCGAGGGGCGGCCGCGCGCAGUCAGCCGCCGCCACCUCCGCCGCGCUCUGUCCGGACAGACGCUCGCCGCCCGCAGCCCGCCGCCCGCCGCAGGGCGCUGACGGUCCCGCACGUCUGCCGCUGCCGCCGGCGCGCCCGAGUAAGUGAGCGAGCGAGGGCGGGGGCGCCGCGGCCGCCGCCCCCGGGCUGGGGUUUGGGGGACCGAGCCGCUCCGGGUUCGGGAUGCUGAGGAGACCGCGGGCCCGCGCCGGCCUCCCACACACACACACUCUCCGGGCGCCUCGGCGGGCCGGGCGCGGUGUGCAGGGGUGAGGCGGUGUCUCCAGGCUGAGGAGGGACACGGAGGAGGGUCCGGCGCGGCCCCGGGACUGGAGGAACUUCCAGCACUAUGUUGAAUAAGAGUGGUGAGAGCAGAUAUCCUGCCUUGUUCCCGGUCUUAGGGGGUUCAUCCAUGAGCUCGGAUUUCCCACAUUACAACUUCAGGAUGCCUAAUAUUGGAUUCCAGAAUCUGCCUCUCAACAUAUAUAUUGUGGUUUUUGGUACUGCUAUAUUUGUCUUCAUCCUUAGUUUACUCUUCUGUUGCUACUUGAUUAGGCUAAGACAUCAAGCACACAAAGAAUUUUAUGCCUACAAACAGGUUAUAUUAAAAGAGAAAGUAAAAGAAUUGAAUUUACAUGAGCUCUGUGCAGUGUGCCUAGAAGACUUCAAGCCUCGAGAUGAGUUGGGGAUUUGCCCAUGUAAGCACGCCUUCCACAGAAAGUGCCUUAUUAAGUGGCUGGAGGUUCGUAAAGUGUGUCCCCUGUGCAACAUGCCAGUUCUACAGCUGGCCCAGUUGCACAGUAAGCAGGACCGUGGACCCCCUCAGGGGCCCCUUCCCGGGGCAGAGAACAUUGUAUAGCUUACCGCAAGGAUCAGACUGUUGCUGGACAUGACGUCUGUGUGGAGCCAGGAGGAACACAAGUGGUGUCUGUAUUGGCUGCUCUCUACCUAGGACACCAGCUGCCACUUCUUUUGCCUCAUGAAGAACUCUUGGGCCAGCCAAGCUGGGAACCUAGGUGUCUGGGUCUUGUGACAACCAAAGCACUUUGACGCUACCCCCUGCCGAGAGAAGAGGAGUGGAUGAGCCUGCGGGUUUGCCUCAAGAAACUUCAUGAGGGUCUCUUACUAACUCCAUUACACUCUCUCUCCUGGAGCCUCACCUCCAUGUCAAGCAGGAGGGUAAAGAAGGGAACUAAGAGCAGGUCUUUAAAGCCACACCCCCACCUGCAGAUGGAUGGGUUUCUAUGUAGGCCAUGCAGGCCUUUGUAGCAGCAAACCCUCCCAGCAGCCCUUGAGCCAAGUAAAACCAGCACAACCAGCCACCAGUGGUUGGUGAGGCAGUGCCCGCAAGGCUCAUGUUAUAUUCCUUUGAUAAGGCCAUCUUGGCUUUGAGUAGUAGUGUCCCUCGCCACCUAUUUCCCCCUCAGGAUUACAACACCUGCUAUCAAAUCAUCUAAGCUGAAAACAUUAGAUGCGCUUGGAAAGGCCUAGUCAGAAGCCAUUUCGUCUCAUCAUUUCCCUCUCCUGUGCACCAGUGAGGCCCGUCCAGAGCCCCAGCAGGGGGUGGGCCCUGAGUCCACACAGUCCCUGAGUGAACCAGGAGGCUGCCCACAUCCCCACGUGUGCACUGUGGUUCCAGUGUAGCUGCUGUGGGCCCACUGCCACUGCCUCAGGAGGAAGCCACUGUGAACCCCUCGAGUGGCUCCAAAGAGCUGUGGCUUUUUGAGAAUGGCCCAUACUCCUGGCCCGGCUGGAUGAAGGGAAUGCCAACCCUUUGGCCUCUCCCCCUCCUCCUUCCAUCUCUUCUCUCUCUUGCCCUAUCUCCCUUUCUACUUCAGGAAAAAAAAAAAGCCUGUCAUUCACUUUUUAACACUUUAUCCCAAAUAAGAUCCCUGUGUAAUUCUGAAGCUGGUGAUCCACUUGUAAUUGUAAAUAGUUUCAGGAAGCUCCUGCAGGGCUGUCCACCGUUGGUGUGUGCCUCAGUAUUUGGACUUCCAAAACUGAAAGUGUCUUUAUAGGAGAGAAACGCAUGCUGCUCUUUGGCUCUUUCUGUCCAACUUUUCUAGAAAUGACUCAGAGUCCAUUAGGAUUUGUGAAUAUUGUAUAAAUUAGCUAUGGAAAGUAGCAGGUCAGAUGGAAAAUUCUUUUCCACAGCCCUGCUCUCCGCCUCCCUCCAUCUUAGGAGCGCCUGCCUCAAUUCCUCAUCAACUGCUUUGCUCCACUCCAUCCCACAGGUGUGAGUGGGGGAAGUUUUUCAUUAGGAAUACAGUCUGCGUGACAUGGAGAAUGGAUGGAGGGAGCUUUGCUACUCUGCUCUUGGCAUGACUCCAGGAUUUUUUUCUGGAAUCCAACCUCUGUCCUCUUAGGAGAGGGAAGCUGUCCUUGGUUCAGAUGGCUGGGGUCAGAUGAGGAGGAAAAUUUCCAUUAGUGUAGAAAAGUGCUGGACAGAAUCCAGUUUGGAAAAUUACAAAUCCAGUUGGUCAAAAUAGGCCAUUUCCUAUGUGUGACCUAUUCGUGGUAUGCCAACUGGACUGCUUCCUAAACAGGACAAGGAAAGUGAGGAAUAUUUUUAUAUGAAAGCCUUAGCCUGUUUGGCACCCAUGAAAAAAACUAUUUAUGCACUCCUACUUUCAUUGUCUUUUUGCAUUCUGUAUUUGUAGCACAACAGAGUUGAAUGCCACAAAACACCCCGUUUAUAGUGAGCUGUUUUCAGUGACCAAUGUCAGAAGGAGGCUUGCUUCUGGACUAGCCUCACUAAUUGCCAGCAGCCACCAUUUUCCAUGGAAAGGCCUUGGGACAGAUGUCACCUCUCUGUUAUGGGGCUCUAAUAGGAAAGAGAAUGUUUUUUCCCUCCCUAUGAUCAAUACUGCAAAUUAUUGCUGCUCACAGCUUUUAUAGGAUUCUCCCAACUGAAAGUUGCAGCCUUUUUCUGUCCCUGUGCAUCAGUACUAACAAGACAGCCUCACCAAGUCUGUAUAUUUGAACAGAGGCAAGUUAAUUCAUCCCCCCGUGUCAGAGCCACAGGCAUGUUGAGGGGGUUGAUACAUAGCACUGGACCAGGGUGCAAAGCCCAGGUAGUUCCAGCCGUGAGAGGAGAGCACAAGAAUGCUCUGCACCCUGCACUCAGCACCAUCUUGGGUCUGCUUUGCCCAGAUGAGGGACCACUAACAACCUUCUCAGCACAUGUGAAUGUGGAGUGAUUUUAAAAUGCAUUCAUUCUGCUAGGAUUGGGCUGGAAGCUGGAACAGUGAGAGUACUUUUUCUGCUCGUAGUCAUCUCCCUUUCUCAGCGUGACGUCCUCCUGCAGCAAGCCCAGUAUCACUAGCAGUAGUUCCUGUGACUCUUAGCAACACAACCCGAUUAUUUGCUCCCUGCAUCUGGGUCCUCUACCAGGAUGGGCCUGCGCAUCUGCAUUGCUGUACAGACAAAUAGGCCUUUUAAUUUACAUCCUCCUUUAAUUCUCAUUAAAAUUGCAGGGUUUUUUUGUUUGAAA